AUGCAAGCUGUCGUCUUCAAGGGCCCGUUGGAGGUAGCUGUCGAGGAGAGACCUAUCCCCAAAAUCGAGGACCCAACAGACGUGAUCUUGAAGGUACGGUACACGGCACUAUGUGGCAGUGAAAUGCAUGUCUUUCGCGGCCAUCAGCCCUCUGGGACAGGGUUCGUCAUGGGCCAUGAAUUUACAGGCGAAGUCGUCGAGGUUGGAUCGAGUGUCAACAAUUUUCACAACGGAGAUAAAGUAGUCUCACCCUUCACUGUGAGCUGUGGAGAGUGUUUCUACUGCGAACGGGGCUUCUCUUCUCGAUGCGCUCGAAGCAAGCUAUACGGUACUGCCAUACUUGAUGGUGGACAGGCCGAAUACGUGCGUGUCCCAUUGGCCGAUUCGACUCUUUUCAAAGUCCCCGAAACAGUCGACGAGAAGAAGCUGGUUCUUAUGGCCGAUAUUUUCCCUACUGGAUUCUUCGCUGCGUCGAACGCUUUCUCUGGCACAAGUCCGGAGGAGGUUCAGAACAGUACUGUCCUUCUCUUUGGCUGUGGCCCUGUCGGUAUCUGCGCACUGAUUAGUGCUCUUGAGCACAAGCCUAAGCAUCUUAUUGCAAUCGAUAGUGUGCCUGAUCGUCUAGAACUUGCAAAGAGUCUGGGAGCUGAGCCUUGGAAUUUCCAGACGGACGAAGAAGGAUUGCGACAACGGGUAAAGGAACUUACCGAAGGUCGAGGCGCGGAUGUUGUUAUUGAAGUCGUCGGACAUAGCAGUGCGCUCAGAAUGGGCUUUGAUCUGUUGCGACCCUGGGGACGCCUGUCAAGUGUGGGUGUUCACAAUGGGGAAAUUCCGUGGACUGGGAAUGAGGCCUACGCAAAGAACAUUCGUCUGCAGAUGGGCCGAUGCCCCGUUCGGAGUAUAUUCGGACCAGCCAUGGAACUUUUCGAGAAGAAGCAGGACGUCCUCAACUUUAUGUCUCAAGAUAUCCGCCCGCUCUCACAGGCCGUUCAGGCAUAUGACGACUUCCAUCACAUGCGAGCCCACAAGGUCAUUUUUGAGGCAUAA